CAGGGCUGUUUACCAGCUGGUCGCAGCCAGGCACCAGAGACGGAUGGAGCUGAGCUGCGAGGGGUCCUGAGAAGCAAUGGCCAUAGAAGCCCCUGUGAACUUUGCACCACCUGAACGUAGCGCUGUGGUCAGCACCGCAGGCGACAGCUCCACCUGGCAGCCCAGCUCACUCAGGAUGCAUGUCAUCAGGCCCAAGUCUGCCAAGGGCCGGAAGCGGCCGAAUUUGCACAGACCACAAGGCAUGGGGGACAGCUCCCCCAGUGCACUAUCCUCUUCACCUCCACCACGGUCCUCCGGGUCUCCCAGCAACCAGAAACCUGGAGUCUGUGCAACGGUCUCAACAUCUCAGGGAGCUCCUGACGAGAUGCCAGAGCUGCUGCUGCAGCAGGCGCCGACACGGACCGCCUCAUCUCUCAACAAGUACCCAGUCCUCCCAUCCAUCAACAGGAGGAGCUUAGAGGUGGGAGCCGUGGACACUGUGGCCAGCAAGACCAGUUCACUGCAGCUGAGCAGCGUCCAGGCCCUUUACCAAGAGGAUUCAAGCCAGGAAGACUCCAGAACGCAGGUCUGUGCCUUAGAGAAUAAGUUCAUCAUCCGGACCAAAAGACAGAGUUCCUCCCGGGCCUCCAACAUUGAGGAGCCGUCGGACAAAGAGCCGAGGCUGCUGCUGGCUGUCCGGUCACCCUCAGGCCAAAGGUUCGUGCGCUACUUCAGGCCCAGUGACGACCUCCAGACCGUCCUUGAGGUGGCCGAGCAGAAAAACAAAGCCACCUACCAACACUGCAGCAUUGAGACGAUGGAGGUGCCCAGGAGACGGUUCUUCGACCUCACCAAGUCCCUCCAAGAAUGUGGCAUCCUUCAUAAAUCUGUGCUGGGCAUCUCGAAGGAGGAGGGGGAGGCGUGGCCCUGAGCCCUCUGCACCAGGCUGGGGCCCCAGGUCUUUGAGCAAAGAGAACGAACGUUGGGCAGCCUGAAGCCUCCAAUGCAACCUUGGUUUCAGGUGCCAUGUGAGCCCAGGUCAGCCAAGACCCCUAGGGCCUUGUUCGUAUAGCAAGUCUGUGGAGGUGGGGAUGAAUCCACACACAGGAAGAGACCUCUCUAGAAAACUACGUUGUAGCCCCACAUUCUCUCCGACAGCCAUGAGGAAGUUCUACAUCCAUCCCUAGACUGUGGCUGCAGCCAGGAUAAUCUACUUUCCACUGCUGGCUCCUUCCAGAAUCUUCUGUCAGUGCAGUGAACUCUGGGUCUCUCAAAGCCAAUACUUUGUCUUUCUGUACUUGACACCAGAUUAAACUCUUCCCAGAGAGGAUUCCCGUCUAGUAAACAAGUGGGGACUUAGGGAUCACGGCACUGACGCUGGCAUUUCUUGCAAUGUUGUGAGAGGCAGGCUGUUGAGCCUGUGUUUGGACGCAGCCUCCCUCCCAAGCUGCACCAGCAGAGACCCACGAAGGUCCCUGUUGGUAUGAGGUGGCAGCAAAGGGAAGAGCUAUCUUCUGCUGUCGCAAAUCCCUCAGCACACAUCUCUAAAACACCGUAGAGCUAGAGGCCCAUAGAAAUGGCCUCUCCAGCCAUGGACCAGCCAGGGCUACUUUUGAAUGGACUGAUGGUUGGAGCUUCUUGGUAUCACCUGUCUAUGUGCAGGAUCCUUCCAAAAUGGAAGUAAACUACGCAGCACCCUGUUUUUAAGAUGCACACAGCUACGCUUCUGCACGAGUUUAUACUAACAACCCCUUGGCCUACUUGAGCACAGGUAAAUUAUUUUAUUUCCCAGUCUCAGAGUCUCUCUCAACCACGUCAAACAUGGAAGGCCAGUGCCCCCAAAGUGGGCUCUGGUGUCAAGUCCUCCGUAGGAGAAGGAAGGCAGCUCAUUGGGGUUUCUUUCCUGUGUCCCUGUCAUGCUGUGCAGCCGGCUCACCAGCGUGGAAUGCCCCUUCCUGCCUUAGCCAGAGCUGUCACAAGCACUGUAGAGUCUUGUUUUUCUGGGGAUACAGAUCAUUUGCCAAAGCUCUCUCAUAUUGCAGGUUCAGCCAGACACCCACAAGUCAUCUGCAUCCCUUGACGGCCAAAUCCCCAUUUGGAGUCAGGAACACUGAGACCUUCUGGGCACUUUGUCCCCCUUGGAGCCUGAGUACCACAUGUCCUGGGUACUGACUGGUACAUGCCCCCCACACCCUCAGUACCCAGACAAGGCAGGGUUUAGGAGUUGUUGGAGCAUCUCAAAGUGUCACUACCUCAGUAACAGGGGCAUUUUGUGCACAGGACACCAGCAGCAGUUAUGGGUGUUCCUUCUAGCACACUAUCCCUUGGUGACAGCAGUGAUUACUCUCUCAACAGUGUCAUCCUACCCCAGACACCUCCCACACCACACAGAUCACUCUGGACUAGGACAUUUCCUGAACGUUUGCAAGAUGUACAGGCCUGCCUAGGUUAGCGGCUCCUUUGAUGGCAAAGGUCAGCUGGAACUUGACUUUGAGGUGGCAGGCCCAUGCAACUGGCCACCUCCUCCACCCAGUGACCAUGACAGAAGGGACUGGUAGCUUGAACUUGGACCCUCCAAUACAGGCAAUUCCACUUACCCCCAAGUGUACAAUUCUGCCCUUGAUCUAGGAGCCUAUAAAAAAAAUCACACACCUACUCUAUGGUAGGAAUAAAACUCCACCCACACACGCACAACUUGGUGAUUCAAAGCUUUAGAAUGCUCCAGUGAGAAAUGGAGUAUGCUUAGUGGAGGGAGGAGCUUCUGGAUUUAGGGGUUUGCUGCUGCUAUUUGGCUUAGUAUUUGGGGGUGGUGGGGCAAAGAAAGGGAGAGGCACAAAGCAUAGGACUGUUUUAGGAUCUUCCAGGAGACAUGAUUAAAGCUAGAUUUGAGCCAUCGUAAUCACCUCUCCUUUUUUUUUCUUCUUCUUGGACAAAAGAUAAUGAUA